AUAACAGUGGAAGAGAAGAUCGGAUAGAGAUAUGAAAUCUAGAGGUAUAGAUAAGGUAUGGAGGGCUGCACCCCUUCCACAAACCUUCCAGACUGCGCUAGAAGCAGGUGAUUGGCUGCGGGCGCUUCACAUUUACCAGCGCCAUCCGUAUCAUGCUCCUCCUUCCGACACGUGUGACCUCCUCAAGACCAUCAUGCAUGCUACCGGGGUUGGCGUAGAGGAUGUGAAAAGCCGAUUUAAUGAAAAGAUUACACUCUCAGCAAUAUUUCAGCGUAAGGCGCCUGAGGAGGUAGAAUGGGGUGUGUUUUGGGAUGCCCUUAACAAAGGCGACGGCAAGGUGAUCAGUGCAGCGCUCAGCGGCGCUCAUGUUUCGGCGCCAGCCCAGCAGAUUGCGAUUGCGGAGGCCUGUGCCGUGUUGCUGAAAGCCGCCGGUAAGGACUGGGAGGAGAAACUCAUGGAAAGCACACCGUUUGCUACGGUUACGCGCAGCAACCUCGUUCAGGUUGCCCUUAUGAUGCAGCGGUGGGACGUCGCGGUUGAUAUUCUGCGCCACGUUCGGUUUACCCGCGCUGAUGUUUCGAUUAUUUGGCCUCUGAUGGCGCAGUUUGGGUGGAAGGAGGUUCUUCAGAUGAUAUCCGCAUGCCCUAAGAAUUCGGUUCCGUACGACCAAGUGCUUCCAUUUAUUUUAAAGAAAGGUUGCAGUCUACAAACGUUAUCGGAGCACCUGGAGCAGGCUCGCGUGCUUGGUGAUGUCGAUGUAGUGGCGCCACUUAUCUCCUAUGCGAUAGAAACUCACAAUUGGGAUUAUGUAGAUCGCGGCAUGGAGCACUUGGUUGAUAUUGGACAGAUAUCCGCUGCAGCACGUGACGCUUUUGCGCAUCUUUGCAAACUUCAUGGGCACGAGAGGGUUUGCAAAGCUUUGAAGGAUCAUAAUUUAGACUUAUCAAAAUUGACAAUUAAACGUCUGGAGCUCCUUCGUUUGUAAUCUUUUUCUUUGCAUUGCACGAUAUAGGAACAUUGAAAGGGACCUGCUGGAAAUGUUCCUUUGUUUUACUCUCCGCUAAUUUUAGCCUUUUGAUUCCACAAUGGUCACCCCAUGGGUCUUAGAGCAGCCUUUUUCUACUCGGUUAAUCCUCUAGCGCUCUCAAUAAGAGACAGAGGAAACUUCAGCAUCUGUCGUUAGAGAUUUUUCCCAGCUUUAUUUGGAUAAUUUGUGCGAUACU